CAGCGAAAAGCCUUUGCUCUUCUCCAAGUGGCCGAUGCCUUCACGGCCAACAACAUCCUGCGCGACGGUAUCUGCAUCGAUAACGAACGCAUCAGCGUCCGAAAGGACAAGAAAGAGCCCAUUCGCUGCGCCAAGUGCCAAUGUUUCGGCCACAUCACUCGAAACUUCACCGACCCAUCCAAUAUGUGCGGCACAUGUGCGGAACCUCACAUCACCUCUCAAUGCAACGCCUAUCGCACUACUAGAUGCGUCAACUGUCACAGCAACGACCACACUAGCUGGGGCAGGAAGUGCCCAGAAUUCCUUCGUAGAUGCGAGCUGCUUGAUGAAAAAUACCUGGAAAACAAGAUGCCUUACUUCCCCACCAAUGCAGCCUGGACA